ACUUGGUGAUAUGAUUAAAAUUUUAAAUAGGCUUAGUCAUAUGAUAUCAACAUAAUAGUCGGGUUGACUUAGUAUGACAAUUAAAUUGCGGUUUGGUACUAUUUAUCAUAUUAAACUUUGGGGUAAUCUGAUUCAAUCAUUAGAACGGGUUUUAGUUAUAACUCGAACUGGGUUUAACAUUGGUUCACAAUUUGAUAUCGGGUUUUAUGGAUCCAAAUUAUCUAUUUGGCUUUAUCAAGAAUAUAGCUUAUUACUCCAAACCUUAAGAAGUAGAACAUGAGAGGGAAUCAUUUUUAAUUUUUUCAUCAUUUUUCACAAAUUUUUUGAGGUACUAUUUGAGAAAUGAGGAUUAUUCUAUGUAUUAAUAUGACUGUAUAAAAUCCAGUAUCCAAUUCGAAAAUCAAGAUGACAGUAAGGGUGUUAUCAAACGACGUCGUUUGAAAAAGAAAUUUGAGGAAAGGGUACACCCAAUCUUUCUCAAAAGUCCAUGUCUCCAUGAACUCGACUCAACUCACUCGCAGGCGUCGGCAGGUGAUGUAAAGCUGAAACUUGUUACUUCUUCUAUAACCCUAAUCUUCAUUUCAUUUUCAUUUUCAAAAACAAUUUUGCCAUUAAAAUGAAAACUUUUCAACUGACAAACCCAAAUGAGUUACUUUCAUCAUCCUCGCCUUCAUUUGCCCAUUCAUUUCACCUCGAGAAAAGAGUCUCACAUAAUCACAAAAUAGUGCGUAGAAGCCUCUGGAAACGACCCCAUAAAGGGAGUGUAAGCUGCUCAUAUUCUCCAAUUGAGACUGCCAAAAUUAAGGUUGUGGGUGUUGGUGGAGGUGGCAAUAAUGCUGUUAAUCGCAUGAUUGGCAGUGGUUUACAGGGAGUUGAUUUUUAUGCCAUAAACACGGAUUCUCAAGCUCUUUUACAGUCAGCUGCACAGAAUCCACUUCAAAUUGGAGAGCUUUUGACGCGUGGGCUAGGCACUGGUGGAAAUCCGGUUUUGGGGGAGCAGGCUGCCGAGGAGUCAAAAGAAGCCAUUGCGAGUGCUCUUAAGGGCUCAGAUCUUGUGUUUAUUACAGCUGGUAUGGGUGGAGGCACAGGCUCGGGUGCUGCACCAGUUGUUGCACAGAUAUCAAAAGAGGCUGGUUACUUGACUGUUGGUGUGGUUACUUAUCCUUUCAGCUUUGAAGGACGUAAAAGAUCUUUGCAGGCCCUGGAGGCCAUCGAGAAGUUGCAGAAGAAUGUUGAUACUCUUAUUGUGAUUCCCAAUGAUCGUCUGCUUGAUAUUGCGGAUGAGCAGACACCGCUUCAGGAUGCUUUCCUCCUUGCUGAUGAUGUUCUACGUCAAGGGGUGCAAGGAAUUUCUGACAUAAUAACAAUACCUGGACUGGUGAAUGUGGAUUUUGCGGAUGUAAAGGCAGUCAUGAAAGAUUCUGGAACUGCGAUGCUUGGAGUGGGUGUUUCUUCCAGCAAAAAUCGUGCUGAAGAAGCUGCUGAACAAGCAACUUUAGCUCCUUUGAUUGGAUCAUCAAUCCAGUCAGCAACUGGUGUGGUAUAUAAUAUUACUGGAGGAAAGGACAUAACCUUGCAGGAAGUUAAUAGAGUCUCUCAGGUUGUAACUAGUUUAGCAGACCCUUCUGCUAACAUAAUUUUUGGGGCUGUUGUGGACGAACGAUACAACGGGGAGAUACACGUAACUAUUAUUGCGACUGGCUUCUCACAAUCCUUUCAGAAGAUGCUUCUAAUGGACCCAAAGGCAGCAAAACUGGUUGACAAAGUGGCUGGAGGCCAAGAGAGCAAUGGAAUACCUCCUCUCCCCAGGUCACCAACCUCACCUUCACCUGUUAACUCCAGACGGUCGCCAAAGCUCUUCUUUUAAUUCUUUUGCACAGUUGACCUAUGGUUGUACCUGGUGUUUUAAAAUCUAGACCUGACCAGCCAGUCGAAUUGUAAUUUCCGAGACUCGAAUCUGAAUCUGUUUGUAUGGUGGUAGAUCUAUCAUCAAACCAAAAUUGUUUCUUUUGUUGGAUUAAUUCAAUUUAAUAAAUAUGCAAAACCCACAUGGCUCUUUUAACCAUAAA